AUGAAAUUUGACGCGUUUUAUGAGGAGUUGGAGGAAACUAUCUGCAACGAGAAGUCCUUCUACAAACUCGUUGUCGGAGACUUCAAUGCAGAACUACCCAAACCUAGGAAAGACCACAGAAAAGGAAAACAGCAUCAGAACAUUCGGAUAUGGACAGACACUGCUUUCACGUCUAAGAAUCUACUUACUACUCAAGGAGCCCAUGAAAGAUGUCCUCUGAAGUUUGAGCAAUGCACGCAAUAG